GGGAAGGCAGGCAGGAAGCCCGGGGCCAGGAUGGGCGAGCCGCGCCGAGGAUAAAGGGGCCAUGGCAGCAGCAGUUCUGGAUGCUGAAUCCUUUGGUGGCGAUGAAUGUCUGGAAGAGGACGAGGAGGAGCUGGAGGCCAGCCUGGAGGACCCUGAGAGCGAACCGGUGGGGAAGUUCAUUCCCGGCGGGCGCGGCUGCUGCAUCCUGACCCGCCGCGGGAUCACUCUGCGGGUGCUGCUAAAGGAUGGCCUGAUCGAGCCGGGAGAAGGCGUGCUCUCCAUUUACUACCUGGGGAAGAAAUUCUUGGGUGACCUGCUGACAGAUGGGAAGAUCGUUUGGCAGGAAACAGGCCAGGUUUUCAACUCACCGAGCGCCUGGGCAACAUACUGCAAGAAGCUGGUCAACCCGGCCAAAAAAUCUGGGUGCGGCUGGGCAUCCGUCAAGUACAAGGGGCAAAAGCUGGACCAAUACAAAGCCGUCUGGUUGAAGAAGUACCAGCCCAACACUCCCCCUGCUGAUGAGGGUUUAGUGAGUGAAGGAGAGGAGGAAGAGCUUGCUGAUGAUGAAGAAGAAGAAACCAAAGGGGUUAAAUCCUCCCUCUCGGAGUCCAUGCUGGCCAGGAAGCUGGAGGAAAAAAACCGGAAGCAUUCCAACAAAAGUCUGGCAGAAUCGCUUGGCACAGAUAAUGGCAAGAGGCCCGAGAGCAAGAAUUGUGUUCCUGUCCGCUACUGCAGUCUGGGGAGCCGGGAUUCGGCCAGGAAUCCCCACACCCUGGUAGAGGUGACGUCCUUCGCAGCCCUGAACAAAUUCCAGCCGUUCAACGUCGCCAUUUCCAGCAACGUCCUUCUACUCUUGGAUUUCCACAGCCACUUAACCAAGAGCGAGGUGGUUGGCUACCUGGGUGGCAGAUGGGAUAUCAACAGCCAGCUACUGACAGUGCUAAGGGCCUUCCCUUGCCGAUCGCGCCUCGGAGACGCAGAGACAGCAGCUGCUGUGGAGGAGGAGAUCUGCCAAAACCUCUUUAUGCGUGGGCUCUCCCUGGUCGGGUGGUACCACAGUCACCCCUUCAGCCACGCUCUGCCCUCCCUCCAGGACAUAGACACGCAAAUGGACUACCAGCUCAAGUUACAAGGAACGAACAACAGUUUCCAACCCUGCCUGGCUCUCAUCUGUGGUCCUUACUACCCUGGCAACCAAGGCAUGGAGUCGAAGAUCUCACCCUUCUGGGUCAUGCCCCCUCCAGAGCAAAGACCUUACGAUUACGGAAUCCCCAUGGAGGUGGAAGUCACUUACAUCCAGGAUGGCUUUCUGACCAACGACAUUCUUCAUGAGAUGAUGCUGCUAGUGGAGUUUUACAAAGGGGCUCCCGAUCUGGUGAAGUUUCAAGAGACGUGGGGUCCAGAGCAGACUUACCUGGAUAAGCUCAAGGCCUCUUUAGCUGCCCGCACGCCCAAGGACCAAGGCUUUGGCCAUGUUCUGGACCAGGUCUACAGCCUCCUCAAGCUCAACAGCUGAAGCAACAGAGGAAGAGACUUGAAAGGAACUCCUGUUUCCACAGCUGACCCUUCAGUCUUGGACACCUGCCCGUGAACCAGCCGUGUUGCAUUGUGGGUGUAUCCCUUGCGGUCGUUUUUCUUUUUGAAGAAACAGGAAGAUCUCCUUGACUCUUAAGGGCCACCCAAGUUACCUGGACAGCUGUCAACCAGCCUAGCCAGAUCACUAUUCGGAGAAAAGCAGUUUCGUUGCCUUAACUCUAUGGGUUUGGUACCUUCUGAUCACUACCUUAAUAUUGGGCAAAGGAAAGUUUGACUCUCAAAAGCUCCUACCACCCGUAUCGUUGUUCUCUAAGGCGCUCCUGGAUUCGAAUCCAGCUCUUCUGUUGCAGACCAUCACAGCUACGCUCGAAAGCUACCUUAAUCAUACAGCGAUGUUCCCAUUUUGCAGAGGGGGUGGCUGAGGCCACGAGCAAAACGGCAGUGACGGAGAUCGGACCGGAACUCUGGUAAUCUUGCAAAGAUGAAAGUUUUUUCCUUGAGAAGUUAAAAACUUUCUUGUUCACAGCCUGGCUUGGAGCCAUCAAACACCAGGCAGAUCUAUGGGAGAACUGAAGAGCAAUUACUGGGGCAGGGGGCAGAGCAGCAAGUGGCAUAAAUAGGCAACGGGAAGGCUAACGGCUUUCUCCAACGUUAAGUUAUUUCUAGAAGUAGAUUUUGAUUAAAAAGGCAUUUAAGCUGAAA